AUGGGAGAGCCAGUUCCAAGGCAAAACCCUCCCUAUCAAGCUUGGGAUAAAGACAAGGAAGCAAAGAAAAAAGAGGAAUACAACUUGGAAAAACCUCGAAUAUACCAUAACUACACCCCACUCCGAGUUUUCCUUGUCGACAUCUACAGAAAAAUCUGCCACACUGAAAAAUUUCUACCUCCUCGUUCUAUUAAGCACAAGAAAGAUGAAAGUCAGACGAAAUAUUACGAGUAUCACAAGUUAUAUGGGCAUUCUACCAAUGAUUGCUAUGAUCUAAAAAAUGUCAUAGAAAAGCUAGUCAGACAAGGUCGGCUAGAAAGAUACCUCGUGGAUAGGUCCGACGAUCCAGGAAAAAGGAAGACAGGUGCUGAAGACAGAGGUCGACGAGAUCGGCCACCACAAACCCCUGAUAGGCAUGUACACAUGAUAAAUGGAGGAUUUGCAGGAGGGGGAGUAAUUAAGUCCUCUCGCAAAAGGCAUCUUAAGGAAGUAUACCAGGUCAGUGAAGAUAGCAAUGUUCCCGAUUUAUCCAUAAUUUCAUUCACCAAAGAAGAUUCCCAAGGAGUGACGCCUGGUCACGACGACCCCAUUGUAAUUACGAUGAUCCUCGCCAAUGCAAAUCUCCAUAGAACUCUGGUAGAUAUGGGAAGCUCAGCUGACAUAUUAUUCAAGCACGCAUUUGAUAAACUCGGGUUAGAAGAAAAGGAGCUGAGAGCUUAUCCAGGUAACCUCUUCGGGUUAGGCGAUACGCCCAUCCGACCCCUUGGUUUCAUCUUGUUGCAUACCACUUUUGGUAAAGGCAUGAAAUCAAGAACCUUAAGUGUAGCAUCAACCUACAAUGCCUUAAUAGGUCAAACAAUUUUAAAUCAGCUAGUUUUCCAAGGGUUACCUAAGACGUUGAGGUCGAUCUCGGACGAGGUUUCCUGA